GUUUUUCACCCAAUGUCCACGUCAAACUGCCGCUCAUCAUUUUUCGCCUUCAACUUCACCAAAAACUGUAAAUUUGUAACUAACUAACUAACCAAUUCAUCAUUCACACACUCUAAUCUAAACUUAAACAUCUCUCUGCCAAAUUUCAUUCGUAAAUCACAAACCCUAAUUUCAUCCAUUCUCUGAAAAGUCAAACCAAAUCAUGGAUCCGAACCCGAAAUCCUUCCCGAUUCUUUCCUACGUCAUGGCCCGACUCCCCUCAUUCCGGCCCAAAUCCCCGUCCGCCACCGGAACGGACACCUCCUUCGACAUCGAACAACCGCCGCCUCGCUCGCCUUCCGAUCCUUCCUCAAGCCAAUCGUUACAGCUCACCUCUCAAUUACCACACUUAACCGACCCGAAACUCUUGGAAUCAAUGACCCAAGCCAUAUCCGACGUGUCACAGCUUCGAUCCGUACUCCAAACCCUAGGACCCCGACCCGACCACGAAACGGUCGACAAGGCGAAAUUAAAACUCGCGGAAAUUGAAUCGGACCUAUCCAAACAGCUGGAGGAAAUCGUCCUGACGCCGCGGCCGGUGGAGGUGGAGAGGGGGGAAUGGCGGUCGCGGUUGGCGGAUAAGGAGCAGGGGAGCAGAAAAACCGCGGAGAAAGAGACGAGUUUGUGUAAAAUGGUGCUGCAAAUGGAUGAAAUGCAUCAACAGUAUGAGAAGAUGUUGAAGGAUGCGGAGCAGCGGUUGGUUAAAAUUUAUGAGAAAGCAGAGAGGGGAGAAGAUGAGGAAAAUUAUGUAGAUGAAGAUAAGGAUAAAGAAGAGGUGAAUGAGGAGGUGGUUGGGAUAAUGCAGGAGGCAAAUGUGAAGGUUUUGGAGACGGUUGAUUUAUCGAAUCGGGGAUUGAGGAUUUUGCCGGACGCGUUUGGGAGGAUUUCCGGAUUGAAAGUUCUUAAUUUGUCGAAUAAUCAGCUCGAGGCUAUUCCUGACUCAAUAUCUGGGCUAGAAAUUCUUGAGGAGCUAAAUCUGGCUUCCAAUCUUCUGGAAGCUUUGCCAGAUUCUAUUGGAUUGCUACUCAACUUGAAAAUUUUAAAUGCAUCCAGCAAUAAGCUCGAGUCCUUGCCUGACUCCAUUUCUCAUUGCCGGUCAUUACUGGAGUUGGAUGUGAGCUUCAACCGUCUUAAAUAUUUGCCGACUAAUAUUGGCUAUGAACUGGUGUAUCUUAAAAAACUGUCAAUCCAAUUGAACAAGCUGCAUUCUUUUCCCACUUCUAUUGGCGAGAUGAGAUCUCUGCAGUACCUGGAUGCUCACUUUAAUGAGCUUCAAAGCCUUCCCCUUUCAUUUGGGAGACUGGCAAAUCUCGAGAUCCUCAAUUUGAGCAGUAAUUUCAGUGACCUGACAUCACUCCCAGACACUUUUGGUGAUUUGACAAAUCUCAAGGAACUUGAUAUCAGCAAUAAUCAGAUUCAAGAUCUGCCUGUUACAUUUGGUCGGCUAGAUAACUUGACGAAGUUGAACUUAGACCAAAAUCCUCUAAUAAUUCCACCACCAGAUGUCAUAAAGGAGGGGGUUGAAGCUGUUAAGCUUUUCAUGGCUAAAAGGUGGCUUGACAUACUGGUGGAGGAAGAACGAAAGAGCAUGCUUGAAGUACAAGAACAGACACCGACUGGGUGGUUGACACGAAGCACAUCUUGGUUGAAGAACUAUGCUACAAAUGUUACUGACAAUGUCUCGGAAUAUCUGACUCCAAGAGCAAGAUCUCCAAGGGACGCUUAUCUUAAUCAGCAGUUUUGACAUCAUGGCUUGAUGGUAAGAUCUUAUGCUUUUAUGCAGUAGCUUUCAUAUUUCUAUAUUCAGCUAAUAAAAGAUGAAAAUCUAACAAAUUUUGUUUUGCUCCCAUUCUUGUUCCUAGAGAUGCUGUAAGUUCUGAUGGAAAAUAAAUAGGUAGUGUUUACUGUUGUUUUUUCAAUUUGCUGUUGAACUUUUCAGAUUGUUUUAUUAAUGAGUAUAAAUCAAAAAAGUUCAAAUUCUCAUA